AUUAUCCCACCUUACGGACAAAUAGGCCCCUUAUUACAUUUUCAUAUAAAAGAUGCGGACAUAGGUAUCAUCAUCAUCAGUUCCACAACAACCUUUCGCUUUCAACAACUUAGGUCUUCUUCUGCGAAGGUACAAGCAUCAAAGCCAUCAUGUUCAAAUUUGUCGUCAUCGCCGCUAUUGUUGGAUUAGCUGCCGCUCAACCUCCACAGUAUGGUGCCAAUCCAGAAGCCGCUGCUCAAAUCAAGAGCUUCGGUAGUGACAUCUUGCCUGACGGAUCAUACCAAUACGCUUACGAAACCUCCAAUGGAAUAGCCGCUCAAGAACAAGGUGCCGGUGGUGUCCGUGCCCAGGGUGCCUUCUCCUACACCUCCCCCGAAGGAAUCCCAAUCCAGCUCACCUACGCCGCUGAUGAGAACGGUUUCCAACCACAAGGAAACCAUUUGCCAGUCCCACCACCAAUCCCAGAAGAAAUUCUCAAGGCUCUCCAAUGGAAUGCUGCUCACCCAGAAGAAGAGGACCCACAAUACGAAAUCGCCUCCAGGCGUUUGUAAAGCGUUCCUUUCUUAGUUCGUUAGAAUUACUGUAAAUAAAGUGUUUUUUGUUAGUAUUUUGUAAA